AGCCGUCCGCUGGCAAGACCGGGCAGGGUCGCAGCGCCAUUGAGGAUGUUGUCGCGCGCGAAUACACCAUCCACCUCCACAAGCAUGUACGUUCAGUUUGAUGAAGUCCACGGAUGGCCAUCUUGUCCCUGCAAUCGCGGGCCGAUGGCAUCGGACGGAAGACUGAAGACAAGAGCGAGAAUCUAACAGAUAUGGAAAGGUUCACGGCGUGACGUUCAAGAAGCGGGCACCGAGGGCCGUCAAGGCUAUCAGAGAGUUCGCGGCGAAGGCUAUGGGCACAUCCGACGUCCGCCUUGAUCCACAACUCAACAAGAAGGUCUGGGAGUCUGGCAUCAAAGGUGUUCCUUUCCGCCUUCGUGUACGGAUAUCACGCAAGCGUAACGACGAGGAAGGUGCGAAGGAGAAGUUGUACUCUUACGUGCAGGCGGUGAACGUCAAGGAUCCAAAGGGUCUACAGACUACAGUGGUGGAAGAUGCAUAAGCUUGUCGUGCAAUGAGUCUGGCGCAGAGCGGCGUUCUUUCUCACGUCUUACGGUAGCGCCGUGUAAUGGCGACGAUGUUACUUCGCAAUAGGUUUCAUCAAGCGCAAGUGCGCAAUGCCAAAUGUACUGGCCUGCCAGCGCAUCUUAAAGAUGACCGCUCGAACUUUCUCCAUCUAUUUGUGCACGUACAUGCGAUCACAACGAAAUAAGACAAGCGUGGGGACACAGCGCUGGCAUUGUUACAGUCGUUUCAGAUGGAGACCAUCACUCGACCUCACAUCCGUG